CGAAAAGAGCCGAAGCUGUUGCAUUCUGGGAAAAGGAAGACUGGAGGCGGUCGCCAUAUUGUUUGAUUCCGCAGAUUCACUGGAGCAGAAAGCAACAAAUACCCUUAUUAGACGAGUUUAUAUUAAACAAUUAUACAGAAUAUGGGUCGCUCUCGGAGCCGCAGCUCGUCCCGGUCCAAACACUCUAAACACAGCCGCAAACGGAGCCGUUCAAGAUCCAAAUCCAGCAAGAAAAGGAGCAGAUCGAAGGAGCUGAAGAGGAGCAGACGGUCCCGCUCGAGAUCCGGCAGCAGGAGGGACAGAGGUGGCUCACCACCCGACCGAACCGACAUGUUCGGCCGGACACUGAGCAAGAGAAACAACGACGAGAAACAGAAGAGAGAAGAGGAGGAGAGAAGAACAGAGAUAGAGAGACAGAGGAAGAUCCGUCAGCAGGAAAUCGAGGAGCGUCUGAUCGAGGAGGAGACCGCAAGGCGCGUGGAGGAGCUUGUGGCGCGGCGGGUGGAGGAAGAGCUUGAGAAGCGGCGUGACGAGAUCGAACGUGAGGUCUUGCGGAGGGUGGAGGAGGCCAAACGCAUCAUGGAGGCGCAGCUUUUGCAGGAGCUAGAGAGGCAGAGGCAGGCUGAACUGAACGCCCAGAAAGCCAGAGAGGAGGAAGAAAAAUCCAAACGAGAAGAGCUGGAGAGAAUUUUGGAAGAAAACAACCGAAAGAUUGCUGAUGCUCAAGCUAAGCUGGCUGAGGAUCAGCUACGUAUAGUAGAAGAACAAAGGAAGAUCCAUGAGGAACGCAUGAAGCUAGAGCAGGAGAGGCAGAAACAACAGAAAGAGGAACAGAGGAUGAUAUUGGGGAAGGGCAAGUCCCGACCUCGCCUCUCCUUCACUCUCAAAGCUACAGAGUGACUUCUCUUCUCUUCUCUUCUCUUCUCUUCUCUUCUCUUCUCUUCUCUUCUCUUCUCUUCUCUUCUCUUCUCUUCUCUUCUCUUCUUCGGAUGCGUGCUUCAUGUUGAAGUGAAUCGGAGUCUCAAAGAGAGGUCUGCCCUGUGUGCUCUGCCCACAUAAAUUGCUCUUCAUAGACCCAGGAAAGGAAAAAAAUUGGAAUCCUCACGCUUCAAAACCGGACUUGGCACCACCACAGACUGUUGUGUUUUUUGUUUUUUCUUUCAGUGUGUUGUAUCGAUAUUUGACACCGUUAUGCAGGAUGCACCUUUAGAAAUAUUUUUUUUUCCUUUUCAAUGGCAAACAAAUAAGAAUGAAGUGUAAAUAUUUGUGUAUGAGUCUGUGUGGUUGGUUGGUUGGUCAAUAUAUGUCAGUGGUUUGGGAGCUUGAAUAGUACAACCUCAGUUUAACUACUGUACUUGCAUUCAAAGCAUCUAUGGGGAAGUGCACAAAUGUUUUUAAAAAAUGUAAACUGGCAGACUUUUUGUUUUAUGCUUAUUAGUGAACGUAUGUGUGGGAGUGUGAGAGUAUUUCGUAUUUUUUAGAUUGCAGACUGAACACCUCAAAGCAUAGAGUUCCUAAAAUGCUGCUUAAUACAUAAUCCCAUAAUCAGCUAAUAUUAGCUGUGUUUUUAGCAUUGUAACCUAGAUCAUAUUUGUCCUUUUUGAUACUUUAUUCAAAUCGCUGAUUUUUGAAACAUAGAACAUAAUAUGUGUGACCAGAACUUGUUUAGAAAUUACAAUACAAACAUUUCAGUAAAAAAAAAAAAAAAAAGGUUACAAUGUUAUAAAGUCUUGUAAUGUCUAGCGCUCUGUUGGUACCUUAAGGAAAUCGGGAAUCACAGGUAAGACUAGUUAGGGUGUGUAUGCGAGUGAGUUGUGUGCGUGUAUGAGUGUAUGCUAGAGGGAGUUCUUGUCUUGUGGUAAAUUACCCCUGUGAACUGGGACAUUUAGUGUGUUGACCAAUAAAUCCCAUAAACACAA